AUGAGAGCUUCUCCGGCGAUAUUCUCACUCUCAGUCUCUUUAACUAUCCCUGUAGCUCUUGCUUCAACCAAAAAUCGUCUCUCCAUCGAAGCUUUUCGAUUCAAACAAUAUGUUUCGAAUAAUCAGAGUUUCUGGAGACCAGGACGUCUCGUCUCAGAGAAACCUGGCAGAAGAUGGACCUUCUGCUGCAAAUGCCGACACAGAGAAGGAAAUAGGUACGCAGAGUCUGAUAACGAAGGAGAAGAUUUCAUUGUGGUUAACUUCUAUCGGUUUGUAUCAAUCGAAGAUCCUUCGGCUGUGAUUGCGAAGCACCUCUCUUUCUUAAAGGAUUUGAAUAUACGUGGUCGGAUAUAUCUCAAUGAACAAGGAAUCAACGCGCAGUACAGUGGGCCAUCUAAAGACGCCCUUGCGUAUGUUGAAUGGUUGAAAGAAGAUGAUAGAUUCUCUGGUUUACUUGUCCAGAUGUCUCCUGCUAUCAAUGGGCAUGCAUUCCCUAAGUUGAAGCUACAGAACAAACCCUCCUUAGUGCAGGCAAGCUACAUCCCAAGCAUUAGCUGCGUCCUAGUGCAAUGCUUUGUUAUAUAUUGUUAUGAGUGGGAUGUUGGUCAUUUUCGUGGGGCACGUAGACCUGAAGUUGAUUGCUUUCGGAACACUUCUUUUGGGCUAUCUGAUGAAAAGGAAGCUCCUUCAGACCCUUUGAUAGAUGUUGACAAGGAAAAGACAGAUAUACUGAUGUACUGUACAGGAGGAAUACGUUGCGAUGUAUAUUCAACAGUUUUGAGACAGCGGGGUUUCAAAAACCUGUAUACACUAAAGGGCGGGGUUUCCCAUUAUCUUGAAGAAGAAGGCACAGCUGAAUGGGUUGGGAAUCUGUUUGUGUUUGACUCUCGUCUCUCUCUCCCACCAGCUGCCUACAAUAACAACGUCGUGGAUGAAGCCAGAAGAGCUCCAGAAACCACCGUAGAUACAGGUUUUGCAAGAUGCUAUAUUUGUGAUUCACAAGUUGAGGAACUUAGACAUCGGAACUGUGCUAACCUUGACUGCAAUCGGCUUUUCUUAUGCUGUGCAGAAUGUGUCGUCGACUUGAAGGGAUGUUGCUGUUCAAACUGCAUUACUGCUCCCAGGCUUAGACCUGUCUUGCAUGGAGUAAAGAGAUAUGAAAAAUGGCAUGUAUAUCGCGAUUCUACAUUGAGAUUUGAUAUUGCAGGCCUAGUGAAAUAUGGUGGCUUUGCUAUGAUCAACUUUCUUGAAGUGCCUUCAAACACUGGACAAGCUCAAACUCUACCAUCUGCGAGCUCCAUUGGUUUGUGUAGCAAUAUAGUUUCUCAGAGAAGGAGACUGGGUAAGACCAUCUGGCGCAACUGUGGUGUUCUGAGUUCCAUUCUUCUGCUUCAUCCUUCUUCGUGCGAUGUAGCCUCUGACCCAAGGAGUUACAUCCUCGUUGGUCUUAAUCAUGAUGAAGAAAAUGAUGCGGUAGAUGAUAAUCAUGCUGAGAAUCACACUGAGGUUGAUCCAUUUCGAUCGGUGCAAGUCGAUCUGGAAGACGUUCUCCAGAACAUAUUCACCUGA